UUACACCUUGUGGCAAAGAGGAAGUAGAUUGCUAGCUCCAUAAUAGAGGGUAUAUGCUAGAAGGGAUACAGCUUUUGUCGAAUUAAUGUCAAAAGUUGGUUAUUUUUUUCAUUUGAUCUAACGCUAACCCUUUUACUAACCUUAACCUAAUCAUUCCAACCUGCUGCGUAAAUUGUAACCUACGAAAAGUCAAAUCUGACAAAAACUGGAUCCCAUCUAGUUCUAACCCUUAUAAUACCUACGUUGGUGAAAUUGAAAGAGAAAUUGAACGACUUCGACACUAGCUAAAUUGAUACAUUUGGGACAAUGCACCAUAGCUAGCUAGUUGCAGUGUGCAAUUUUCAGACAAAUGUGCCGGCUCUGUAGAUGCUAAAGCUAUGGUCAUGUGACUGUAGUGAUAUAACUAGCUAAUGCAGCUUCAAAUAAUCAAUGCACUUUCAUUUUCUCGCAGUAGCAUUGCUUUCCCUCGCAGAUUAACAAAACAGAUUGCCUAUCCGUCCCACCUGGUUGACUACAGCUCACCUGCCAAAGUAAUGUCAACUGCAUCUGUGGAGCCAGUGCGCUCUAUUGGCAAAUCGAAGCCUGCAGAAGGCAUCUGGAGCCUACAUCAUGUGAAGGGGGACUUGUUCUCCGGUCCUGAAGAUGAGGCCCUGGCCCACUGUAUCAGCAAAGACUACCACAUGGGAGCUGGCAUCGCAGUUAUGUUCAAGAAGAAGUUUGGUGGAGUGGCUGAGCUAAAGGAACAGAAGAAGGUGCCAGGACAAUGCGCUGUACUGAAAAGACACAAGCGUUUUGUGUACUACCUGAUAACAAAGGAAAAGUACAGCAACAAGCCCACCUAUGACAUCCUGAGGCAGAGCCUUGAGGACAUGAAGUCUCAUUGCUUGAAAAACGGAGUAACUGCAAUAUCAAUGCCUCGCAUUGGCUGUGGCCUUGAUCGACUGAGCUGGGACAAAGUGGAAAAGAUGCUUGAGAAGGUAUUCCAGCCCACAAGUAUCAGUAUCACUGUGUACACCCUCCCUGUAAAACCCACAGAGAAACCAAGUCCACGGGGAAAGCAAGUUUCCAAUGAUGUUUUCUGUAAAACAAAAUGAAGUUAAACUCACAGACAAUAUAUCAGCAUACUCGUAUGCAUCUGUACAACGUUUUCCCAAGGCUGUACUUUUGAAAGAGAAUAAACACACUUUUCCAUGAAA